AUGUCACAAGUCGUUAAGCAAAUAGAGGACAAGUUUGAAAUAAUCUUGGCAUCAUCAUCGCCGAGGAGGUACGAGAUUGUCACUGAUGUCAUGGGAUUUGCUAAUAUCAAGUUGAUGAAGCCUUCGUUCGAAGAGAACCUUGAUAAAACGUUAUAUGAGGGAGAUCCUGUCAGAUACGUUCAUGAUACGAGUAGAGCCAAGGCCAUUGGGAUCGUCGACGAUAUAAAGCAAUUGGAGAUAUCAGCCUCUGAAAAGCGCCCUAAAUUGAUUAUUUGUGCAGACACUGUGGUCAUCGACAGCGAUAACAACAUUCAUGAAAAGCCCAAAGAAUCACAGAAGCAACUGGCAAACCUGUUAAGUUUUCGGGACAGUGACGGCCCGGUCAAAGUUGCUACCAGCGUCACAUUAAUCAUAUGGCAAAACACCGAGGAUUAUUCGUUCGAACAGUUUGAUGAGAUAUCCGAGGUCCAUUUCGAUCCUGAUUUUCCUUUAGGGAUUCUAUACGACUAUGUGGACUCUAGAGAUGCCCUGGACGUAGCUGGUGGGUUCAAAGUGCAAAGCUUUGGAGGUGCGAUGAUCUCCCAGAUAAAUGGCGAUUUCUUCAACAUUGUUGGACUCCCAUUAAACAAAACUUUCAAGGCCCUGUACAAGGCGGCAUUCCCGCUGGAGGGCUGA